UGAUUUUGGGUGAUUUGUAAAUCUGCGGUUUUUGGAAGUGGGCGGGGAAAUGUGCCCGUUUCUUCAGCACGCGUUAACCCGUAAUGGCUGCGUCCUGUUGCCCUUAGAGGAGCCCCGUUUUCUGUCCUCUGUGGAGAGUUCUGGUGAAUGAUUGACUGCCUGUUGAGGAGUUCUCGUGUGAGCGAUGCCGCGGUACGAGCUCUCCCUCAUCCUGAAGGCCAUGCAGCGGCCGGAGACGGCGGCGGCGCUGCGGCGCACGGUGGAGACCCUGGUGCAGAGGGGCGCCGUGGUGAGGGGGCUGGAGAACCUGGGGGAGAGGAGGCUGCCCUACAAGAUCUCCAAACACGACCAGCGACACUCACACGGAGGAUACUUCCUCAUAGACUUCCACUCCCCCCCGACCCUGGUCAAGGACUUACUGAACCAGCUGGAGAGAGACGUGGACGUUAUCCGGCCCACGGUGUUAAAGAAGGACCCCGUGGUUUCUCCGGGGCAGUGCUGCGGUCUAUCAGCCCCCCACACACACUCUUCUUCUACAUAAACACGACUGCGAGGAUGAAAGACGAAGACUAACCCGCCUGCUGGACUUCAGUUUAAUUGUCAGUGUGAAGAAUAUUAUUAUAAAUAAAUAAUUGCCUCUUUUUAAA